UGCGCGAUCGCUCGGCAAUUUCGAAUUCGCGCCUGCCACUACGCGCGCGCGCGCGCCUUCUAACGAUCGCUCACCGCCAGGUAACGUAGGUUCCGACUUUCACGCAGUGGCUCGUCAAGAUGGCUGCGUGGAGCACGUUGCUGCGCUCUGCGAGUCGAAAUUUCGCCAAAACUCGACUUUUAACACCGGCGUUUAUUGUCCAAAAUGCUGCCAUCCAUCCAACUCAAUUGCGUGUCAUGUCACAUAAUAUGGUCAUUACUCCCACUAGAUGGCAAUGGGAUAAGACAAAAGAUUUAAUUCAUUUUUAUUUCAUGGUGAUGGCUAUACCAUUGGGAAUUAUAACAUUCUGUGCUAACGUAUUUGUUGGUCCAGCAACUCUCACGGAAAUACCAGAAGGAUAUGAACCCAAAUAUUGGGAGUAUUAUAAAAAUCCAAUUCAAAGAUUUCUUGCACGAUAUUUCUACAACAAUCCACAGAAAGAGUACGAGAAAGGUAUGGCUUACGUUUAUAAUGAGCAAGAAGUUAUAAAAGUGAGAAAGUUGGAACACAAAAUAUCGGAACUAAUGCAAAAGAGAUUAGAUUAUCAAUACAAUUACUUCUUACCAUACAACACCUUUCCGACUCGUGAAUUUAGAGAAAUUGUCAAACGUGAUACAGAUGAUAUGGCUUAAGUAUCAAUUGAAAUGUUAUGCGGGACAACUACCAAAAUGUUGUGUAGUUUUCUAGUGAUUUAUUUGUUAUAAUACACGACGUAAAGAAAUAUAAUUAUUGUAAAAUAUUUAGAAAAAUUUAAUUUCAGAUAAUUACUUAUUGUUUUACAAAGGCAUCCAUCAUAAAAUUUAUUUUGUUUUUUAAAAGAAUUUUCUUAAAAAAUUGUAUUAUUUAUGCAAGCAUCAAUAAUAUAAUUUUUUUAUAUUACACUAUAUCAAUUUUUCUUAAUACUUGAAUUUAUAAAUAUAUACUGGAAAGUGUUUUUUGAACUGCUUAAUUGGAUAUUCAUAUUGGAAUUGACAAUUAAUAAAAUGUAAUGAAUAAUGCCUAAUCUAUAGACUUAUUUCAAUGCAUAAUACUUUGUUUUAACAAUUUUAUAAAAAACAAGAUUUAAAAUCCCAAUCUAAGAAUAUGUUCUACUUGCAAUACAAUUAUAAUAUUAUGAAAUAAAUGUAGACUUCAUGGAGAUGAUUCCAUGCUUUAUUUCAACAUAUGUAAAUAUUAAUAUAAAACAAUUAAUUGUGCAACGUAAAUACCAGUUAUGUUUAUUAAAUGUAAACACGGUAUGCAUUAAAAGUAAAUAUGUUAUGUCAAGUAUUUCACGAGGCACUUAGAAUAUAAUACGUGAUGUGCUAAUAUUUAAGUAAUCAUUAUGAGCAGCUAAAAAUUUAAGAAUUUUUAUCAAAAAAAAUAGAAUUCAUUCAAUCAAUUGUUAGAGAAUAAUCCAAAAUAAAUUGACAUUAUAAUUGUAACUGAAGAAAAUCUUAAUUUAACACGAAUAUUUCAUACGAUUUUAUUGAUAAGGAGCUUUCACAUUUUUGUUCUUGGUUAUGUCAAAUUUGAUAUAAAAUUUUACACUGACAUUUCGAAGUUGAAAACGGAAAACUUACGCAUUAGUAUGCGUCUACUGUGUAAGAUGUCAAUGUUGAUACGCCCACGUGCGUACUUAUAUUUUUCUUCACAUAUAUUGCUACUUAUAAGCUUUAUUUGAUAAUUUGUUUAGUAAAUCAUUAAUUCUGAUUUUUAUCAAAUAACUUGGAAUAUGCCUGGACAUUGAAAAUGCCGUUUUAAUACAAUAUGCAUUGAAAUCCAAUAUGGCUUUUCUUAAGAAAUGAUUUUUUCUCAUAUCAAUUUGAUUUAUUAUCAAAAUAUAUGUUCGGAUUUUCAUUAAGUAUUUAAUUAAUCAAGCAAGCAGUCAGUCCUCAGAAAAUAAAAAGAAAAGCCUUGCAAAUGCAGGCUAUUUGAAAUGGUACGAUCAAACUUAAUUGUUUGAUACAGAGAGUUUGAUUGGUUUCCAUUUUCGAUUUUUUGUAAACCUUAAAGAAUGUAAGAAUAUUUAAUGUUUGAAAAGAUUAGUUAGACGUGUUACAAGAGACUGAAAUGUCAUUGGAUAUUUUACACAAAGAAAAAUAUUGAC